CCCCACAGCAGGGGGCGCACUGCGCGCCGCUACCCCCGCGGGGCCGCUCUGUCCUCCCGCCCUCGCUCUCCGCGAUGGGAGCGGAGCAGACGAGCUGAGCGGAAGUGCGGGGCCGCUCUGGGCCGCGCUCUGUGGCCCCCCCGGAGGAGUGACGGCGGGCGAAGAUGGCGGAGGCGGCGGCGGUGCCGCAGCACCGGUUCUUCUGCCACAGCUGCAAGGGCGAGGUCAGCCCCAAGCUGCCGGAAUACACCUGCCCCCGCUGCGAGUCCGGCUUCAUCGAGGAAGUCACUGAUGAUUCCAGGAUAAUCCAGCAGAUCUUCGCGGGCUUUUUCGCCAACUCGGCCGUCCCUGGCUCCCAACAUCCCUUUUCCUGGAGCGGGAUGCUGCACUCCAACCCCGGGGAUUACGCGUGGGGACAGAGCGGCCUCGACGCCAUCGUCACCCAGCUCCUGGGGCAGCUGGAAAACACGGGCCCACCGCCGGCGGACAAGGAGAAGAUCUCGUCGCUCCCGACGGUGCCGGUGACGCAGGAACAAGUGGGUGGGUGACUCCGGAUCCGCUGGCACCUGGAGCCUGGUGUUUGACAUCCCUUCCCACCUGAUUCCCCGCAGCACGACACGUGUCCCGUCUGCAGGAAGAGCCUCAAGGGGGAAGAUUCCACCCGGCAGACUCCGAAUCCCGACGCUUCCGACAGCGCCCUGCAGGAGCGAUGGACUUUCUGACCCUUCCCCGGAACGUUCCGGAGCGUUCCGGGGCCUUCCGGAGGCCGGAGCAGCCCCCGUUCCGGGUGUGCAUCGAGAAUUCCAACAACCCCCCCCUCCUCCAAGCAGCGGGAAUUCGGGGGCCCACCCCCACCGGGAAUUCCUCCUCCCGCUCCGCGGAACCGCCUCGUUCCUCCUAAAUUUUGGGGAAUUCUGGGCAGGGAUUUGGUUUGAUUUGGAUGGAAAGGGGUGGUGGGGUGGUUUUUUUUUUUCCGGUGGGGGCUCCCGAGUCCCCCACGGCCUCCUCUGGAAGAGGGAUUUCGGGGGGGAUCUCCCCGCGCUCCGGGAAGCUGGAAUUGGCUGGAAUCGCCUGGAAUUGGGGGGCGGGAGGGAUUUUAUCGCCCCGGGUUGGGGGGAAUCCUGGGGGUCUCUAAAAUCAGGGGGCAGCUGGAGGCAGGAGGGGUCUGGAGCCCUUCCCGAAGGGGGGAUUGGACCCUCAGGAGUCUGGGAAUGCUCUGGGAUCGGGAAUGCUCCGAGCAGGAUUUUGGCAGCUCCGGGAUCCUGGACUUUUUUCUUUUUUUUUUUUUUUUUUUUGAGGGGGUUGUUUUGGGGUUUUUCCAACCCUUUUCCACGUGCCUGUGGCCCCAGGUGUGUCCAAACCUCACCCCCCCCUCGCCAUUCCAGGCAGGAAUUAUGGACCACGUUGCUCAUCCCUUGGGAAUUCCCCCCCCCACCUUCCCCAGUAACUUAAGGAAAAUCUUUAUUUUUGCCGAUUCUUUGGUUGUUUUGAGGGGGUUUUUUUUUUCCCCUCAUUUCUGUGAAGUUUCAUUCAGGUCUUAAUCCUUGGAAUUAUCCUUGGACUCCUGGGAUCCACUGACCCCCCCCCCCCUCCUGGAGGGGGGUGGGACAUUCCCAAACCUCUUGGGGUUGGUGGCUCCGUGUCCACGUGGAUUGAAUUCCCUGUUUUCUUUGCUCUUCCGUCCAAUAAAGGCCUUUCUCAAGGAA